ACAGCUCGCGCUCUGCACGACAGGAAUGGUGAUGUUCUCGGGGAGGGUGGCAUUUUUUCCAUCCAUCCUGUAACCUAUCCCUGGGCCAUGAGGCGCCCGGAAGCAGGACAGUAAUUUGGCCACACUUAAAGGUGUUUUAAUUACAAAUAAAAUAGCCGAGGACGUGGCCAGCCGUCGGAAAUCGGGCUUAAUUCAUCGCAAGCCAAUGCAACCUCAGCAAUUGUACGCAGCUCCGGGUUUGCUCGGUCAGUGACGUGAGUGAAAGAGCGUGAAAUGGAUUGAGUUGCAGUGAGAGAAAUUGGAGCAUCACAUUCAAUCGUAAAGGGAGGGAAAGAAGAGAGCACGAAGGAGCCUUGCUGCUUUUUAUGAAAUUUGUCCAAUUUGUCAUAGAAAGUGUGUUCCCGAUCCCGUGCCAGGAUGAUGUCGCCAAAAGACAAGCCCAAGAAGAGGCCCCCCAAAGACAGCAUGACCCUUCUGCCUUGCUUCUAUUUCGUAGAGCUGCCUAUCGUGGCCUCCUCCAUGGCGUCGCUGUACUUCCUGGAGCUGACGGACGUGGUGCAGCCGGCGCAGGUGGGGUUCCACUGCCACGACCGCACGCUCAGCAUGCCCUAUGUCGAUGGCGGAGAGGAGCUGAUCCCGCUGCUCAUGCUGCUCAGCCUGGCGUUCGCCGGCCCCGCCGCAGCGAUCAUGAUGGGGGAGGGGCUACUGUACUGCAUGCAGUCCAAGCUGAAGAUCCGUCCGGGGGCGGAGGGCAGCAUCAACGCCGGGGGGUGCAAUUUCAACUCCUUCCUGCGGAGGACGGUGCGCUUUGUGGGUGUUCAGAUCUUCGGGCUCCUUGCUACUGCCCUGGUGACUGAUGUGAUCCAGCUGGCCACGGGCUAUCCCACCCCCUUUUUCCUGACUGUGUGCAAGCCCAACUACACGUCCCCCGGGGUAUCGUGUGACAGGAACUCCUACAUCACGCGGGACAUCUGUUCGGGUCGAGACCAGCACGCCAUCCUUGCCGCAAGGAAAAGUUUUCCGUCCCAGCAUGCCACACUGUCUGCAUUUGCAGCCGUUUACAUAUCCAUGUACUUCAACUCCACCAUCUCGGACAGCACCAAGCUGCUGAAGCCGGUGCUGGUGUUCGCCUUCUCCAUGGCGGCGGCGCUGACGGGCCUGACCCAGAUCACCCAGCACCGCAGCCACCCCGUCGACGUCUACGCGGGCUUCCUCAUCGGAGCCGGCAUCGCCGCCUACCUGGCUCUUUACGCGGUGGGAAAUUUCAAAUCCUCAGAUGAGGCUGUCCCUAAACCGGCUCAGCCCACCCAACCCCCUCGGAAGGACGCCCUGAGAGCCCUCACCCAGCGGGGCCAUGAUUCUGUCUACCACAAGGGCGCCAGCUCAGAGAGCAACGAUGAGCUGUCGGUGCCCCAGCGGGCGGAGGGGCGGAGCCGGCAGGCCCGGAGGGAGAAGGUGUCUCUGGGCAGCCUGAAGCGGGCGAGCGCGGAUGUGGAGCUGCUCGCCCCACGCAGCCCAAUGGGGAAGGAGACCAUGGUCACCUUCAGCAACACCCUCCCCCGCGCCAACUGCCCCACCCUGCCCGAGGACCCCGCCCGCCGACCCCUGACCUUCCUGGUGCCCCCUGACCCCGUGCGUUCCCAGCAGCUGGUGUCCGAGUGGAAACAGAAGUCCCUGGAGCUGAGGGGGGCGGGGCCCUGGGGUGAGGAGGGGAGGGAGGGCAGCGUACACGGCUCUGAUGCCGGGGAGAGCCGCAUGGAGGAGGAGUGGGCCAUGCCCUCCCCACUCUACCCCAUGGUGCAGGCGAAUCGAGGCGUUGCUGUGGCGUCGCCAGCCCCCGCGGGCACCAGGGUCGCGAUCCCGGCCCGACCUGUUGUCCCGCCUCUGGUGCACAUCCCGGAGGAGGCGGUAGGGCCCCCGCCUGUGUCGCCGAAGAGUGCCACCACCAGGGCCAAGUGGCUGUCCAUGACGGAGCAGGGCGGGGCCGCGGGAGUCGCCCCUGGUCCCCUCCGGCCGCCGGGCCAGCCGCGCGUGGCUCAGGUGAUCGCCAUGUCCAAGCACGAGGGCCGGGUGUCCGUCACGCCCCGGUCCUCGGAGACCGCCUCCUCCUGCGCCUCCUCCACCUCCAGCUCCGAGUCGGCCUGCUGCCGGGCGCCCGAGCGCGACUGCUCUGGCAUCGUCACCGUCAACGCCCACGCCCCCCACCACCCCGUCGUGCACCUCUCCCCGGGGAACGGCGCCCCCUGGUCUUGGAGGACCUCCGCCAACGGCAGCAGCACCGACAUCCGCGAAUCCCGCGAACCCGCUGACCACGGCCAGGAGUGUCCCCGAGAUCCCCGCCCUGCCAAAAGCCUCUCUCCCGCCUCCUCCAUCUGUGACCCCAGCCAGGACCCCCUCCCCCCUCCUCUCCCAGACCUGACGUCAGACGGGCUCACCCGCGAGGCCACCCCUCUAUACCCCAGCGGGGGCGAGCGGGCACCCCUCGAUCGAACGGGAUCUCUACUUCAACGAUCAUCAAACCAGCCGUCGCUUUAAUUACUUACAUUAACAGCAUUGCGGAAAAUGGCACAAACUGUUGCAGAAUGCAGCCCUCAUGUGAAUGAUUAGCGUCACCAUCAGUGUGUGCAGAUUGGUGGGGGAGGUCUACAUGCAAGAGGAGAGCCUUGGCCAGGUCACAGUAAGCAACGAGCGGAUACAUUCAGAAGAGCACAAGACACAUUUACAAGCUUGAAAGGGGCUGAAAACUGGUUCUUGAUUUGAAAAUCUAUCUAUAUUCUGCCUUGGAAAUCUAAAACGAGCACCAGGAAGAUUUUCACAGUUUGAACAGGCACAAAACCAUACUAUAAUACCCAAAGAAUCAGGAAACACGAACAUAUGUGCCAUUACCUGAGGCACUCAGCUGAAGCAUCUUCAGAACCAGAUCUCUACCUUUUCAUUGGCCUGGUGUUGUAGAUUAAUGGUGUACAGUACUUCUAUUGACCGCUUCAUCUCUUUUGUGAAGAAUAUUUGAUGGACAGAUGGCAAAGUCAGGAA